AGAGUGCGAGUGACGUAAUUAGGGGGCGCCGUGAAGAGUAGAGCGCAGCGGAAGUUAAGACUCUGAAUUAGGCACCUUUUACGCGCGUGCGGUGCUUAGGGCGAACUGAAUCUGCGUAGAGGGCUUGUUAUGGCGUCAGUAGUGCUGAGUGAAGCAGAGAAAGUGUACAUCAUCCACGGUGUCCAGGAGGAUCUUCGCGUUGAUGGCCGUGGCUGUGAAGAUUAUAGAUGUACUGAAGUAGAAACAGAUGUAGUAUCUAAUACAAGUGGAUCUGCUAGAGUAAAACUGGGGCACACAGACAUCCUCGUUGGAGUCAAAGCAGAAAUGGGAACACCAAAGCUGGAUAAACCAAAUGAAGGCUACUUGGAAUUCUUUGUUGACUGUUCAGCAAAUGCUGCUCCUGAAUUUGAAGGCCGAGGUGGAGAGGAACUUGGCACUGAAAUAGCAAAUACCCUUUACAGAAUAUUUAACAACAAGAGCAGCAUAGAUUUGAAGUUGCUCUGUAUCAAUCCCAGAGAGCAUUGCUGGGUGCUUUAUGUUGACGUCUUGUUAUUGGAGUGUGGUGGCAACUUAUUUGAUGCCAUUUCUAUUGCAGUGAAGGCAGCACUAUUUAAUACCAGAAUACCCAGAGUACGUGUUUUGGAGGAUGAAGGAGGACGGGAAAUUGAGCUUUCUGAUGAUCCCUUUGACUGCAUUCGGCUUAAUGUAGAUAAUGUGCCCUGCAUGGUCACACUGAGCAAGAUUGGCUGUAGGCAUGUAGUGGAUGCCACCCUUCAAGAGGAAGCAUGUUCUUUGGCUAGCCUCCUCAUUUCUGUGACCAGUAGUGGUGCCCUAACCUGUAUGAAGAAAGUGGGAAAAGGGAGCCUUGACCCAGAGAGUAUAUUUGAGAUGAUGGAGACAGGAAAGAGAGUAGGCAAGCUUUUGCACGCCUCCCUGCAAACUAUUUUAGACAAAGAAGAGAGCCUUGGAACAGCACGGAAAAAAGUUGGAUUCCUGGGAUGAGCUUCAUUGUUGCAUGAACCUGGUUGAAAAUCUGUCGGCGGGUGCGGGGGCAGUUAGUUUGUUUUCAAACAUUAUUUAAAUACUUCUCUUUUCAUUUCUCAGUUAUUGUAACUCUUGUUAAGGGGUUGUUGUUUUUAAGAAUAUUUGUAGCAAAAGAAAAAUUAUCAAGACAUUUAUAAAAAUAUUUUUUAAAGCA